AUGCCUGAGCAGAUUUCGGUCCUCUUCUGCUGCCUCGGCAACAUCUGCCGGUCCACCAUGGCCGAGGGCGUGUUCCAGUCCAUGGUGAAGCAGACGCCGUACAAGGCGCACAUCAAGGAGCUCGACUCUUGCGGGACAGGAGCAUACCAUGCCGGCGACGGCCCGGACUCGCGGACCAUGUCGACGCUGGCCGCCCACGGCAUCAACGACUACGACCACGAGGCCCGCAAGAUCAUGAUGGCCGACUUUGACCGGUUCGACUACAUCUUCGCCAUGGACCGGUCGAACCUGCACGACCUCAAGAGCCUGCAGAGGCGCAAGCCGGGCAGCAAGGCGCGGCUGAUGCUGUUUGGCGAGUUCUCGGGCACGGGGCGGGCCGAGAUCAUCGACGACCCGUACUACGGCGGGCGCGACGGCUUCGAGAUCGGGUACGAGAAGGUGACGCGCUUCUCCAAGAACUUCCUGAAGGAGACCUUUCCCGAGGUUGAGGCUUGA